AUGCAUGAAGUCAAUUUAUCUGAUUAUUCAGAAAUCAGAAAGCUCAAAAUAGUAUCACUUAGAAUGUUAGUCACUGUAAAACAGGACAAUACUUCAAAAGCGCGUCUAGUCGCUCGUGGAUUUUUACAGCGAGAAGGAAUAAAUUAUUUCCAAACAUAUUCACCUGUUAUAAAGUUACAAUCAUCAAGAUUAUUAUUACAACUUGCAGCAAUUACUUGCAAGAAAAUUUGGCGUUUCAAAAAAAGGAUAAAAAAAUGA